AUGUCUUUGCAAGAUACAUACGACGAGUACCAGCAAACCAUCAGGGCCUUGGAAGAACACAUCACAUCUAUCGAAACGCAGCUCUAUGAACAUGAAAUAGUCAUUGAUACGUUGAAGAAGGUCGAUGGCGAGCGCCCCGCAUGGAGACUUGUCUCUGCCGGGGAUACUGGUGUAGGAGAAGCCAGCUCGGGAGCUUUGGUGGAGACGACGGCUAGCGAAGCGUUGAGUAAAUUGGAGACCACAGUCAAAGGAUUGAAUGAACUGAAAACCAAAGUUGGUAAGGAAGUCCAAGAUGUCAGGAAAGAGUUUGUCGAGUGGAAAACCAAAAACAAUAUCAAGGUUGUCUCUGCAAACCAAUGA